AUGCGUUUCUCUUCUUUCUCCUUCGCCAUCGCCGCUAGUCUGGUCGUCUCCGUUACCGCCCUACCUCGAUUCCAACUUCCGACCCGCGAGCUCGAGUCCCGUGCCCCAGAGGCCAUCCAAUGCAUCCAACUUAAUCACGCCAUCGGAGUUCUUGCAGGAAAAUUCAGUCCUGCUUGUGCUAACAUCACAAAGACAUGUCUAAGUGAGCGCGGUACUAGUAUUUGGAGCCACGAGUCCUGCGUUGCUGCAGCAGCUUGCCAAGGCACCAAAUCCAUCAUUGGCCUCAACCAGUGCCAGAAUCCUGAAGUCAAAGACGCCGCCUCAAUCCCCAAUCUUUCUUUCGCCGUCUACACCAGCAUCGUCGGUUCAUGUGCACCUUCUGGCUGCCCAAUGACUAAGCAGAAUUUCAUUGACUUUCUCUACGGCCAAAUGUCCGCAGCAGGCGUUACCGAAUGGCCCAAGACGGUCGAGGAGGUCACCGAUUCCUUCCUCAAGCCCAUUCUCAACUGGGCCAAAACCGGCGACACGAUCCCUUACACAAACUUCAACGACUGGCUCCACUUUUCCAGCUUGUAG